GCACGGUAUCUUUUUGCUUGACAGUUAAUGCUAAACCAGCCACAGAGGAAGAAGAUCAGCUCAUUCUGUGUACCCGGGUUGUCUUCGCUUUGUAGAGGAGGACUAACACCCAGCCAUUAUGCCAGACCUUUGGCAAGAAGCCAUGGACCACGCAGUGGCCUUGGCUCGGAAGGCCGGAGGGAUUGUCAGGGAUGCCCUGCAGAAUGACAUGAAGAUCAUGUGCAAGAGCUCCUCAGUAGACCUCGUCACCAAGACCGACCAAAAGGUGGAGCAGCUCAUCAUCGCCUCUGUCAAAGAGAAGUUUCCCACACACAGCUUCAUAGGAGAGGAGUCUGUGGCAGCUGGAGAACCCUGUAUCCUUUCAGACAACCCAACUUGGAUUGUUGACCCUGUGGAUGGGACUACCAACUUUGUGCAUGGAUACCCGUUUGUAGCCAUUUCAAUUGGAUUUGCCGCUAAUAAGCAGCUUGAAUUUGGAGUGGUGUACAGCUGUCUGGAAGAUAAAAUGUACACAGCUCGGAAGGGCAAGGGUGCUUUUUGCAAUGGCGAGCCGCUACAGGUCUCUGACCAGACAGAUAUCAAUAAGUCCAUCAUCGCCACAGAGUUUGGCUCAAACAGAGAUCCUGAAGUUGUUGACAAGAUCUUUUCCAGCAUGAGGAAAGUCCUAUGCCUCCCUAUCCACGGGAUGCGAGGUGUGGGCACGGCGGCCACUAACAUGUGUCUGGUGGCAGCAGGCUGUGUGGAGGCCUAUUAUGAGAUCGGCAUUCACUGCUGGGAUAUUGCUGCUGGCGCGGUCAUCGUAACUGAGGCGGGUGGAGUCCUUAUGGAUGUGGAAGGAGGACCAUUAGACCUCAUGUCCAGAAGAGUGGUAGCCGCAAACAAUAAGACCAUCGCACAAAGACUGGUCAAGGAGAUUGAGGCAUAUCCUGCCCAAAGAGAUGACGCUCCUAUGGUUUAAUUGGUUAAGGUGAUUGGGGGAGGGGAGGGACCCAUUUUAUUUGUGUUAUAGACUCUGAUGUACAGAAAUAGUGGAUGACAAGAAACCGUAAACUGUUGGUAAUAAUGAAAGUAACACAACGGUUUAAUGGUGUUUAGUUCUUGCAUAAUUUAAGAUAAACAUUGACAGUAUAAAUUAUAUUUUGUAUUCUGUGUUGUGCACAUGCUCAGUUAUUUACUUACACCAUUUUGAAAUACAAACUAUGAAAAGACCAA